AUGGAGCCGCAGUGGACAACGCUCGAAGAGUCAACCUCCAUCUCGCAAGUGGGCGAACCUUCAUCGUCGAAGCGAGCACCACAAAAGCGCCUCCCGGCAGCCGGGAAGACCCUAGUCAAUGAGCUCUAUGCUCUCCAUCCGUAUCCCCCGACUGAGCUUAAGGAAACAUACCUCAAGCGGAUCAGAGCCCUCCCGGGAUGCGACUAUUACACUCUUGACAAGCUCAACCUUCUUCUGUACUCUCGGCGCGUCCGCAGCGGCCUUGCGGGCAACGGCGGGCGACAACUUGAUGUGCACCAGCCAACGAGACAAACUACAAGCGAUGACAUCUUGUAUCCUUCUUUCAGAAAGCAGACGGGCGUUGUGUCCAAACUGGAGGUGCUCAUCUCGGAAAAGCCACGUGCCAAUGAUACUUUGAUCAAAAUAUGGGCCAAGAGACUGGAUGUAGAGGAAGAUGAUGUCCUGACUUGGGUUGAAGCAUGGAGAGCUGAGCAUGAGGAAGCAACAUCCAGUGUAGAACCUGCAAGACAGUCAGCUCCAGUUGCCCAUCUUCCCACACCGGGGUCAUCACGCUCACCAGAGCCCCUAUUUGUGCACAUUCCUCUUGCAGCCAAACAAGAGCUGUCAGCACUACUGACUCCCUCGGAGCCAUUCUUUGAACACGGCAUACCUUCGAAAUCUUCACCCACGGACGAGCUGCGAAGAUUUAUUCGGUCGUUGCCUACUGUUGAUGUGCCGGAUCUCGAACCACCCGACUUCGAGAAUGCCUCGGUCGAAGUCAUCAAUAAAUGGUUUGAUGGACAUACAGAGAGGAUGUCGAUGUUCCUGCGGCACGUAGAAAGUGGGAGGUACAAGCGAUAUGGGCUCAAACCGUCGUUUCUGAAGACAUCGCGAGAGUCGACAAAGCAGGAGGAAACAGGUGUGCCAUCACGAUUCGAUCAGCGUAUCGGACCACCAUCGCCUAACCUCGUCCGCAUUGUCCGCUCAGAUGGGUAG